CGCAGCGCCGUCCGUGCCUCCCCAUUGGUCGGCCGGCGUGACGUCACGGCCGAUAAGGGGCUCCAAUUGGCUUAAGCCCCCGGAGCCGGGCGUCUGCUGUGACAGUCGAGCGAGUGGCGUCCGACGCGACGAUCAGCAGGCCAUGCAAUGUCCUUACCGACCCGGACUCAGCUGGACGCAACAGCUGUAGAGAAUUUCCGAGAGUACCUGCGGAUCCCGUCGGUCCACCCGGACGUCGAAUACGAUGGGUGCGUUACAUUCUUACGGAAGCAAGCUAAAUCCCUCGACUUACCUCUACGGAUAUAUCAUGUCGCCCCCGGCAAGCCAGUUGUGGUUAUCACAUGGGAAGGCACCGCUCCCGAGGAACCAGCCAUUCUCCUGAAUAGCCACAUGGAUGUCGUACCAGUUUUUCCUAAUGAUUGGACUCAUCCCCCAUUUGGUGCCGAAAUGGAUGAGAAAGAAAACAUUUAUGCCCGUGGCAGUCAGGACAUGAAAUGUGUUGGUAUUCAAUAUCUGGAAGCAAUUCGUCGUUUUAAACUUGAAAAAAAACGAUUUAAAAGAACCAUCCAUGUUUCAUUUGUGCCAGAAGAAGAAGUCGGAGGAACUCCAGGCAUGAAAGAAUUUGUUCAUACAAAAGAUUUCAAAUCACUCAAUGUUGGAUUUUCAUUAGACGAAGGUGCUGCAUCACCUACUGAAAACUUUUACCUGUUUUAUGGCGAAAGAUCAAUAUGGCACGUAUGGAUCACGUGUCCUGGCACACCUGGCCAUGGUUCUAUCAUGUUCGACAACACAGCUGGAGAAAAGAUAAAACAUAUCAUCGAUCGAUUUAUGAAUUUUCGAGCUAAGGAGAAAGCAAAACUUGAAGACCCCAAAGUUAAAUUGGGUGAUGUCACAUCCAUAAAUCUUACACAGCUUCGAGGAGGUGUGCAGAUGAACGUGUUACCUGAUAACGUAUCAGUUGCAUUUGAUAUACGCCUUGCAACAACAGUAAAUCACAAGGAAUUUGAAGAAACAAUCAGAGGGUGGUGCAAGGAAGCAGGAGAAGGAGUGAGCUUGAAAUUUGAACAAAAGAACAAUCAAAUAGAAAAUACAAAAUUGGACAACAGCAAUCCAUUCUGGACCGCAUUAAAAAAAGCUUGCGAUUCUAUUAAUGUCAAUUUAGAAACUGGUAUCUUUCCAGGAGGAACUGAUAGCCGUUUCGUGCGACUGGUUGGCAUACCAGCUAUUGGUUUCUCUCCGAUGAAUAAUACUCCUAUUCUUCUGCACUGUAAUGAUGAAUUCUUGAACAAGGACAUAUUUUUACGUGGCAUCGAAAUUUAUCAGAAAAUAAUACCAGCUGUGGCUAGUGCUUGAAUAGAAAGAAAUUAAAAACGUACACGAAGAAUAUAUUUUCACCGGUGAAGUACAAGAAUUUAAUUAAUCAAAAGAGAUAUAGUAGAGUAAAUCUGCUAGCAACGUUUAUGGAACGUUGUAUGUUAAUCGUAUGUGCAACAGUCAAUGUACAUGUCUAUAAGCUUUAUGCACGCAUGAGAAUGUGUACAAAUAUUAUAAAAAGAGAGGGUCAAGGGAAUCUAUAAUAGUUAGAUGGAGAAUAUGAGGUAUUAAGAAUGAAGGAACACCAUACGAUGGCUGCUACGAGUUAAGAAGACAGAACUUCCUUCUAAAACAUUCCUUGAACUCUGAAAGAAGAUUAAAAAGAGAAUAUAUGUGGAAUUAAAUAUUUCUUAAAUUGAUAUUGCGGUUGUGCCAAUGCAGUUGAUAAAGGAGCAUACAUUUGUGUAUUAUUUGAGUGGUUUAUGUUAAAACUGCAAGCUAGAGUAAAUCUAAGUUACCGUCACGAAGACUGAAGAAAAGAGAUAUAUUUUUCAGAAAUAUAAAGACAAAACUGGAUGUCUUACAGUAAAACGUUGAUAUAACCGUGAAUGGGAUAAGAGUAAAGAGACGAUAACUCCUGUCGUGUCAUCGAUAUCGUAUACAUGAAACAUAUGUACGAUUACAUCGGUGAAUAUUUCAACGCAUGUAGCCCGUGAACCAAAAGAUGGAAGUAGAUUCUAGAAAGAAUAUGAUUUACUCCUAGUACCACUAAAUGAGGCAAACCAAUUGGAUGAUUUCCGAAAAACAACAAAAUAUUCUCCGAUGCGACGUUCCUGCAUAAUCUGGUACUAUUUCGUGCCAUGAAAGAAGUCUUACAACACAAGACUAUCAACUAGGAACCACAAUAGCCAUGUGAUUUACGGGAGUGAAGAAGCAUAAACACGGGAUUGCGUACUUCCAAAACAAGGAGUCAAGUGCAAGCCUGGAGCAUCGGUAUCUUGGAAGGAGGUCUUCCAAUUUCGUCAACAUCCACAUAGAUAAAUUCAGUGAGCGUUAUAGCGAGAAAGUAAUUUAUAUAUACAAAGAUAAUGUUACCUAAAAGUGGUUACGGAAAUAUACAAAAAGAAUCGCA